AUGAAUUUAUUCUACAUCCUUGUCUUGUCGCCUACUAUACUAUCACUUUCAUUGUUACCAAUUCCAGACAAGUCUGCUGAUGCUGUAAAAAAACAAUAUGACUCAUUUUCUGAAAAAUAUCUUCUUCCACAAGAUUUUGAUUUAGCUGAGAUGACUCCUGUAAAACAACCAACAGAAAAAGAAAUGGAUGAGAUGCAAAACAGUCAAUUAUUUGAAGGUGAUAUUAUGGGUGUACCAUCUGAUGAAGAUCCAACAAUAUAUUUACAAAGAGAUUUACCACUUGAAGAUUAUGAUUCAUAUGAUCAUAUAUUUUCAAAACCUUAUUAUAGUUCAUUAAACUUAGCAACAUAUCCAGAUAAACUUUGGAUUGAUGGCAAAGUUCCAUAUAUGUUAGAAGAAGGAAUGACACCAUCACAAAGAGCAGCUAUAGCACAAGCAUUUGAAGAAUAUAAAUCAAAAACUUGUAUACGAUUUGAACCACGAACAGAAAAUGAUGAAGAUUAUAUAUUUAUUAAAAGAAAUAGAGGAUUCGGAUGUUCAUCAUAUGUUGGAAGAGCUGGUGGAAAUCAAACAGUAUCUUUAGAAAUUGGAAAAUGUUUUUCAAAAGGAAUUAUUGCUCAUGAAUUAAUGCAUUCAAUUGGAUUUUUCCAUGAACAUUCACGUACAGAUAGAGAUGACUUUGUUGAGAUUAAUGAAGAUAAUAUUAGACCAGGAAUGAUGAGAAAUUUUGAAAAAUAUCCAAGAAAAAUUAUAGAUCCAUUAGGUAUGCCAUAUGAUUAUGAAUCUGUUAUGCAUUAUCAUAAACUUGCAUUUUCAAAAAAUGGUAAACCAACAUUAAUACCUCGGGAUGAACAUGUUGAAAUUGGACAAAGAUAUAAAUUAAGUGAUGUUGAUGCUAAAAAAAUUAACAAAUUAUAUCAAUGUAUGGAAUAUUCUGUUAAUAAACCUAAACCAACAGAAGAAAUACUAAUAACAACAACUGUAAAAUCUAAAAUAACAAAAAAACCAGAAAAAGAACGUUUUACAAGAUGGCCAGUAAAGAAACAAAAGACAACUCCACCAAUAUCAACUACCACAUUUAUAAUACCUACAACUUCUGAUAAUACAAUAAUUGAAGAAUUGACUACAGAAAAAGUUAUUGAAACAACAACAAAAAUAGAUGAAACAACAAAAAAUAUUGAAAUUACAACAAAAACAAAAUCAAAUAAUAUUGAUAAAGAAAAAUGUGAAGAUCUUAACGCUCAUUGUACAAUGUGGGAACAAUUAGGUCAUUGUCAACAUUCAACAAAAUAUAUGAAACAUUAUUGUCGUAAAGCAUGUAAUUUUUGUGAAAAUACAUUACCGGAAACAAGUGCUGAAACUAAUGAAAAAAAAAUAAAUGAAAUUAAUAAUAAUAAGGUAAAUAUUAAAGUAAUUACAACAUCUACAAUAAAACCACAUAAAAAUAAUAAAAAAACAAAGAAAGGAUGUGUCGACAAAAAUCUAUUCUGCGGGUAUUGGGCUAAAAUUGGAGAAUGCAAGACUGAAUCAAAAUUUAUGAAAAUAUUUUGUAAACAAUCUUGCCAUCUAUGUUGA